AUGGCCAUGGGCGGCCUCGUCGGCAACAACCCGCCGGCGCGUACCAAUGGCCACGGCGGCGGCAGCGGCAGCGGCGGCGGUAGUAUCAGCACCGGCCUUACCUCUGGCGUGGAGGUGCCCCAGGGGCAGGGCCGGAACGAGAGGAAGGAGCAGAAGGAGCGGGACGAGGCGAGGAGAACGAAGGAGAAGGAGAAGGCCAAGAUCCCCGUGGCGGCCAGCGCCGGGAGCAAGGACAAGGCGGUCUCGAGCGAGAAGAAGUUCCGCAAGACGGUGGGCACCUACGUCGUCAAAUACCUCAAGAAGUACUUGGACGAGGGCAAGGUGAAGAGCAAGGACGAUUUCAAGCAUCUGGCGCGGAAGCUCACGCACCUGAUCGUGGAGAAGGAGCAGAGGCGCAUGCUGGUGAAGAAGGCCAGCAGCAAGAAGGGACGCAGCGCUGAGCUGAAAUGGAACGAGAAGGUGAAGGACAAGCUGAUCUCGUUCGUGGAUGAGUACAUGGACAAGCUGCCGGGAGUCUAUGAGGCCAAGUCUCUCAAGAUGUAG